UUCCCCGCCCUCUGCCCCUACUCGAUCAUCAGGAAGCGUCUCCUGGAGACGCCGGGUUCGCUGCCAGUUGGAGACGGGGCGGUGGCCGCCCAUUGCUGCUGCUGUUACGGGUCCUGGUGGCGGCCAGCUAGCUCGGGCGCGGAGGUAUCAUGGAGCACAUUCGCACCACGAAGGUUGAACAGGUGAAAUUAUUAGACCGAUUCAGCACAAGCGUCAAGUCGCAAACAGGAACUCUUUACCUUACGGCAACUCAUCUGUUAUUUAUAGACUCUAGCCAGAAGGAGACAUGGAUACUGCACCAUCAUAUUGCUGCCGUGGAGAAACUUGCCUUGACUACUUCCGGCUGCCCCUUGGUGAUCCAAUGCAAGAACUUCAGGAUAGUCCACUUCAUUGUACCCAGAGAAAGGGAUUGCCAUGAUAUUUAUAACUCAUUGCUCCAGCUUUCGAGGCCAGCAAGAUAUGAUGAACUGUAUGCCUUCUCAUACAAUCCAAAGCAAAACGAGGCGGAGAGAGUGCGAGGCUGGCAGCUGAUUGACUUAGCAGAUGAGUACAAUCGCAUGGGUGUGGCUGACUCUAACUGGCAGUUGACAGACGCAAAUCGUGAUUAUAAGAUCUGUGAGACAUAUCCCAGAGAACUUUAUGUUCCCAGGACUGCAAGCAAGCAUAUAAUAGUUGGCAGUUCUAAAUUCCGAAGCAAAGGAAGAUUCCCUGUGCUGUCAUAUUAUCAUAAAGAUAAUGAGGCUGCCAUUUGCAGAUGUAGUCAGCCUCUCUCAGGCUUCAGUGCCAGAUGUCUGGAGGACGAGCAGAUGUUGCAAGAAAUCAGUAAAGCCACUCCUGCUAGUAGCUAUAUGUAUGUCGUGGACACCAGGCCUAAACUGAAUGCAUUGGCGAACAGAGCGGCAGGUAAAGGCUAUGAAAACGAAGACAACUAUUCCAAUAUUAGAUUCCAGUUUGUUGGAAUUGAAAACAUCCAUGUAAUGAGGUCCAGCCUGCAGAAGCUUUUGGAAGUCUGUGGAACAAGAGGCCUAACAGUCAAUGAUUUUCUGUCUGGUUUGGAGAGCUCUGGAUGGUUGCGACACAUCAAAGCGGUGUUGGAUGCUGCUAUCUUCUUAGCCAAAGCCAUCGCUCUCGAGCGUGCAAGCGUGUUAGUACAUUGCUCCGAUGGCUGGGACCGGACGUCUCAAGUGUGUUCCCUUGGUUCUUUGUUGUUGGAUCCAUUUUAUAGGACAAUCAAAGGAUUCAUGGUUUUAGUUGAGAAAGAUUGGAUUGCUUUUGGACACAAAUUUUCAGACAGGUAUGGACAACUGGAUGGUGACCCAAAGGAAAUCUCACCAGUCUUCACCCAGUUUUUAGAAAGUGUCUGGCACCUGACGGAACAGUUCCCGCAAGCCUUUGAGUACAACGAGGCUUUUCUCCUUCAGAUCCAUGAACACGUCCAUUCGUGCCAGUUUGGAAACUUCAUUGGAAACUGCCAAAAAGACCGAGAAGAACUAAGAUUGAAAGAGAAGACUUAUUCACUGUGGCCUUUCCUUCUGGAUGAGCAUGAGAAAUAUCUAAACCCCGUCUACAAUGAGAAUUUUUCUGAGUCGCUUACGGUUCUGGAGCCUGACACAGUAUCCUUUAAUUUUAAGUUUUGGAGAAACAUGUAUCAUCAGUUUGAUCACACCAUGCAUCCCAGGCAAUCUGUGCUCAGCCAUGUCAUGAGCAUGAGUGAGCAAAAUAAACUACUGGAGAAAGACAUUAAGGAACUGGAAGCUAAACUAGGCCAUGUAAAGAAGGAAUUGGAUACAGCCUUCACUAAGGAAACUUUGCGAUCUGUUCAUCCUGUGUCCCCCGUCCUUAAAACGCCCCAGUGCUUUAAGAAAGAGCAGCCUCUCUUGCAUGGGAAUGACUGCAUUCGAACGAUAGAGGGCUCCAACGCAGCAGAUAACCGGUACAGCGAGUAUAUGGAAGAGCUCUCCAAGACGGAGCCUAAUGUCGUCAGUCUGGAGUACGGUGUGGCAAGAAUGACGUGUUAAAUGUCAGGCGGAGCCCUGCUCUGUCUUUCUGAAAAGACUGGAAUUCAAGCACGGGGCAUUGUGAGCCUGUUCUCCAGGAGUAUGACCAAAAACUGAUUUGUGUAAUAGAGAGCCUCAUUCAUGUAAACUUAGAACGGCACACUAGUGGCUAAGGAAACGCUAUUCUUGUGAGAAGGAAUCAAAUCUAACAAUAUUGGAAGAGAGGUGGAGAACUUAGUAAACCUUUUGUGGCUUAAAGAACUAAGAAAAGGAAGUGGUUUAAUAUAACAAACUUAUCGUUUGCACUAGAUAACUCAGAAUGUUAUUUAAUGUAUCUGUUGCCAAAUGGUUAAUGGUCUUUGAAGGUGGACUUCUUGGACAUAAUGGACUACUUAUAGGGUCCACUGAACGUAUAUAUGUGCAGUGUAUGCCUGCUCUUAUCUAAUCUGUUGCCUGCUGCUAAUUUCUGACAUCUCAAAUGCCAUUGAAAGUACUGUAUCUCAAACUAUGCUUACAUUUUUCAGUCUGCUUUUUUCUUUGAGAGGAAAAGACUCCACCAUACCCCCAGAGUAUGCACAAUGCCUUUUUGAAAUUAGUUUCCUUCAAAAUAAUUCCAUGAGGUUUUCAGAUAAGAGGGAGAGGGUGGGUGGAGGGGAGAGAGAGAGAGAGAAAUGCUCCAUAGAUUUUAUCUAUUGGCAUGUUAGUGUGCAUCAGCACGUGUGGAAUUCCAGUCUCUCGUUUUUAAAUGUCUUUUUAUAAAUAUCAGGAAAAUUGGUUACUUGGAUUGUUAAUGGAUUGAAAUUGUACCCUGGAGGCGGUGAAUCUUUCAGAUUCUUACCUGGCUAGGUGAAAGACAACCUAAGUGUUAAGACGUAUAAUCUAUGCCCAUGAAAGGAACAAAAAUGUUUCAGGCUGUGUGAUCAAAACAGAACUGGUACUAAACAAAAGCUGUGUGUCAGACUGGUCAAACUUUCAGACUUUACAGAUUUGGCAACUGCGCAUAAAAUAGUUUGGACAUCCCCCCCCCCCCCCAAAAAAAGGUCCAUUCUAGGAACAGUACCUGUUUUUAAAGGUUUGAAUCCCUAGGUGGUCAUCUACAGGAUUCUUGUUCAUUUUGUAAAUCUGUUUUUUUUAAAACACACAACACAGAAAAAGCAGCUCACUUUUAAUUAGUAAAAAUGCUACAUUUAAUCACAUCUGCAAAUAAGAUCCCUUGAAUGAUGAUGGCAACCAUUCUUGUUUUGAAAUUGAGAGAGAAAUAAGCACCAGGUUUACAGGCCAGCUGGCUGCAGGUUCUCUAAAGCCACUUGCUUUGAAAAGCCAUUAAUAUUCAUAUCCUCAGGGUACAGGAUACCACCUGGGAUUGAAGUGAUCUCUACUUAACCAGAAGGCUUAGUUAGUAGGGUUAUACUGUGUGCCUCGCAUAGGAAAAUCAAAUGUUUCCCUAAUGUCUUUGUUACCGCUUCCCCAGAAAAGGGAAUGGAUUCGCUUUUGAUGCCUCUUUUUGCUAUUCCCAAUUUGUUUUUAUUGUCCGAACGGAGGAAAGGAAAUGAGCUUUGAGAGCUGAGAUUAUAAACAUGCAUGUCUUGGCGGUAUUAAGCUCCCUAGGUGGUGCAGUUGGCUAAUUUAUACCCAAGGGAUCAAUUGCUUAUUUGGCUCUGAGUGAAAAUUAGUUUAGACUCACUCUAAUCCCUGAUGGCUGUUUGAUCAAAACUGCCAACGCACCACACAAAACUUGACACAGUUGCCUGUAUUUCCCUCUGCCUUAGUUGGGAUCCAGGUUUUAAUAACAACGGCAAAUCAGGUCAUUAUUGUAUAGUGGGGGAGGGGAGGGGAGGGGAGGGUGGUGAAGCUUAGCCCAAGUAUUUUAAGGAGUUACCAAUUUUGCAUUAUGACAUGUAUAAAGAGGGAGCAAGCUGAAGGCUUACUUGUCCACAGAUUCUGGCUGGGUGGGGAAAGGGGGAUCCAGCAUUCAGUGUAGUAAACCUUGUGUAUGUUCUCAUGUUUUUGCCAUUUUAGGCAUGGUGUGGAUUUUGCAUUGAGACUGACUGUGGAAAGGUACGAGAGCAGAGAAAUGCGUACCUUUUGGUUGUUUGUCCCUCUAGUCUUCUGCUAUGGAUGAAUACUCGCCUAUGUUACCUGAAACACUGAAAAUACAAGACUAAAUGUUGUCAUCACA